GGGUACCAGGGAAAAUCUCGAGUCCGGGGUGCAGGGGUCGUCAUCCGAUAGGGUGCGGGAGGACGCCGAGAGAGAGACAGAGGUAAGGGUGAAAGUGAGAAUGAGAGAACCGAGGGAGGUGUCGAUACCGGGCGUGACCGAGGGUCUACCGCCUACCAUGACCCGAUAUGCGCUGCCAGCCGACGACGACGUCCAAGUCCCAGGCCUCCGCCCACUGCACGCUAUUUCGCCUUCCUACACACGGUGGAGAACGGACUUCGAAGAGAAGGGGGGAUUGCGAACGAGAGCCGAAGAGAUCAGCAGGCGUCAGAUCGCAAGGGGACGCGAGAGUGCGCGCGUCAACGUCUUCGACUUCCUCUCGCUUCGUUUUCAUCUCGGAUUUACGUCAUUUCGUGUUCUCUUCGAUAUUGCAGCGGUCCGUUUGUUCUUCCAAGACGAUGUCCGGAGUCGACGGCAAGACCUAGCACGUGUAACAUUCGCGGUACGAGUCGUGCAUCUUCGGGAACACGCCUGGUACGCUCCUUUUCCGCGGAGUCGCCCCACCAGAUUCUCCGGCGUUCUCCCUCUCCGACCUCCACCCUGUCCUUUCUUCCUUCCUUCCUCCCUGGAGUGUCAGUAGUCCCUUUCGGUAUCGCGGUCUGCGCGCAUUACCACCGUGCACCCGAUCGACGUCCUGAGUCGUACGCGUGCGCGUCGUAAAACUGUCCGCAGAGUGCAUCGCCGAGGACCUGGACAGUAUUAGAGAGCGCCGCGCAUGCCUUAGUGAUUUGAAUCGGCGGUCCGGGAUUCGAUAGGACCUCGAAUCAACACCGUCGAGGAUCGACCAUAGACAUGGACAGGUAUUCGCGUGAGUAUACCUAAAGUGUUUGUUCCGAGUACCGAUGAUUCGGUGUUAUCGACGGAGCCGAAAAAUUCGCGUCACGUGCGGCUGAAGUGUGUAACGUUGUACGAGCUCCCUUUUGGUCCGCGACCGCGACCGCGUCGGGACGUGGACACGGGUAGCUCUCAUUCCUCCAUCUCGUCGAUCCCGUGUCGUUUUGGCGGCGGGGGUGUCUAAUUGUGUCGUGGCCAACCGCAACGCGGUUAAACAGUCAAAAUUCGGGUGAAGAACAGAGAACCGUUGCCAUCGUACGCGAUGGAAAUGAGCGACGAGUACCAGGACAUGGGAAAUCCCGGCGGAGGGGUUGCGGUCGUCAACAUGCCGAUGGCCCAUCACCAGCAUUCGCCGGACAGUCCUCUGUCGCACCAGGAGGAGGACCUGUCGGAUCCGGACCUUCAAGACGAGGAGAGCGGCGAAGAGUUACCUCAGCAACCACUUCAGGGUAACACGCACUCCUCCGACAAUGCAGCCGCACAGCCCGUUACACCUACUCCAUUAACGCACUUGAACAGUCUGAUGGGCGCCCAUCAUCCGCAUUUCCUCACUAAGCUAAAAAUGGAGCCACCCGACGUGGACCUGAACAGUAAAAGCGGGUUGGAAGCAUUGCAAGCCGCGAUGGGCAGCGGUGGUUUCAAUCUGCCUUUCUCGUUUCCACCGCCGGCCGCGUUCCUCACGCCGCAGCAUCACUCGCAAAACAGUCACGCUCAGCCGGGGGGUAGUGGCGGCGGCGGUGGCUGUGGUGGCGGCGGUGGCGGUGUGGGAAGCAGCGUUGGAAACCAGGUAACGUCGUCGAACAGCUCGCACUCGAGCGAAUCGUCGCAGGGCAGCGCGAGGAACGGCGGCGUCGAGCCUCGGGAGAACAGCAAUCACUCGCAGAACAACUCAACGGGGACGAAUCACCAGCAGCAGUCGUCCAGCUGGAGCUUCGAAGAGCAGUUCAAACAGGUGCGUCAGCUCUAUGAGAUCAGCGACGAUCCAAAGAGAAAGGAGUUCCUGGACGAUCUCUUCACGUUUAUGCAGAAAAAAGGCUCUCCGAUCAAUCGGCUACCGAUCAUGGCUAAGUCUGUACUGGACCUGUACGAAUUAUACAAUUUGGUGAUCGCGAGGGGUGGACUGGUGGACGUGAUCAACAAAAAGCUCUGGCAGGAAAUCAUCAAAGGCCUCCAUCUGCCAUCGAGCAUCACUUCCGCAGCGUUCACGUUGCGCACCCAGUAUAUGAAAUAUCUGUAUCCGUACGAGUGCGAGAAGCGACGACUGUCAACGCCGGCGGAGUUGCAAGCAGCGAUCGAUGGGAACCGUAGAGAGGGACGUCGGAGCAGCUACGGUGCGUACGCGAGCGGCGGUGGAAGUGCCGAUGGUCUCAUGCAAAGGAACCCUCACACGCCAAACUCGCUCGCGUUGCACGCUCAAAUGUCACCGUUGUCAUUGGUCACGGCCGUCGCGGCCGGUGGCCAACAUCACGGACCGCAGUCUCUGAUGAACGGAGGUGCCGCCCACGCGCCUCUUACGCAUCAUCCACAUCACCAGCACCCUCAGGGACUUCCGGGACAACCGUCUAGCGCCGCAGGACCUAUUCCCGGUAUGGCGCCGUCCGAGUUCGAGGCACGCAUGGUCGAGUACGUGAAGCUGCUCAACAAGGAGCUGAGGAGCGCUGGCGCCAGGACGCCACCGCCGAUGAUCCACCGACAAACCAGCGACUCUCCCCCGGCGUCGACUUCUCCGAGGGACGGUGCAUUCAGUGCUUUGGAGAUGUCUCGACUCACUUUAUGGAAUAUGUACAAUAAUAACACUAUUUAUCCCGGAGUCAGUCAUCAGCCAAUGUCUCCUCAAGCAUCGCAUUCUCCGUUGCCUCAGGUACCGACACCUGAACCACAACGAGAAGCCCUAGAUCUCGGAUUGAGAUCAUCGCCGAUAUGUUCGUCCCCCGCGAGGCUGAGUUCACCUUCCUCGGGUGGGAGCAUGCUAGUGAAGAGGGAUCAAGAUAUAGGUCGACCCGGAUCAUCCGGUCCGCCGCCAGUCAAGAGACCACUCUCGGAUGAUGAUAGCCCGCUAGACAAGAGCGCUCCUGUAGGUACGCACAUAAAAAUUUCCAACCGAGGUGACGGAAGGAACGGUGAUAAUUCCUUGGUUGUCAGCAUGGAGCUGAACGGGAUAAUGUAUCAAGGCGUGUUGUUCGCUCAAUCCGAGAAUGGUACCGCGAACAGCACGUCGGGCAGCAGCAACGCAAAAGCGUCGCGGAGCAUAGUCUCGUGAAUGCUCAACAACUUCUUUCUUAAAUAUAUCUACUCGUUAUAUCCUUAAUUAAUAUAAUAAUCCUUAGAUGUAAUAAUGACCGGCCGAAGCAGUCUGCCAUAUAAUUAAUCAUUUUACGAUCGAUAGAUCUGCUUAAUUGAAUUGUACAAAUUUCAAAUCAUUGUUUCUCUACGGGAAGGGACUCAAAUUUCUGUUAGUUUCUCGCGUGAAGUCUUGAAUUCGCGUUGUGAUAUUAGUUUAUCGAUUCUGGUUACUUGCCCGAGUUUUUCUAUCAUCACGCCAACGUGUGCAGCUCUAUAUAUAUAUAUAUAUACACAUAUAAAUAUAUAUAUAUAUAUAUAUAUAUGUGUGUAUGUGUGUGCACGAGCGUAAUUUAAUUUUGCAAAUAUUUGAUAUUAUUAAUCAUUCUAAGGAAGUUACGAGCAAUUGCCAGCUCGUUAGGAUAAACGUGUGAUCGUGGUAGACUGCUCCCCGUUCGAUGAUUGAAACUUUGCUGUGUGAAUAAUCGUGUUUGUAUAAUCUG